AGCAUUACCUAAUUAUCAUUCAUCGAGCUCACAAGGCUCCUAAUGAUUCUACGUAUUAAUCUAUUCGAUAAUUUAUUUGUGAUACAGCAGACGAAGUGUUCAGUUGGUGAAUAAUAGAAAUACAAUUUUAUCACUUUUUCUGAUACAUGAUGUACUGGUUCGUUGAGAUUCUACUUCUUAUCUUAUUUUUAUUAUAUCUGGUACAUCUAUAUAUUUCAAGAAAUUUCGAUUACUGGCGAAAAAGAAAUGUACCUUUCAUCAAACCAAGCCCCUUUGUGGGCAACUUGAUGGACGUCAUCCUUCAUAAGUACGACAUGGCUGGAUUUUUUGAGAAGAUUUAUAACGAUAUGGACGUUCCGUUCUUUGGAAUAUUCCUCUUUUCGAAACCAGCACUAAUCAUCAAAGACGUUAAUUUAAUGAAACAUAUUCUUGUGAAAGAUUUUGAUCAUUUUGUGGACCGGGUCAUGUACGCAUCAGAACAUGACCCUGCUACCGCCCACAUGCUAUUUAUAGAGAAAGGGGACAAAUGGAAGACGAUAAGAGCAAAAAUGAGCCCUUAUUUCAGCCCAUCUAAAGUGAAAACCAUGUUCAGCGCAAUGGAUAAUUUGGCCAUAUCAAUGUGCAAUCACAUCGUAGCCAACAAACUAGUCAAUCUGGAUGUUAAAGACAUAAGUAGCAAAUUUUCGGUGGAUCUAAUAGCCAAGUGUGUUUUCGGAAUCGAAUCGAAAUCGUUGGAGAUAGAAAAUGGCGAAUUCUUGAUGAUAGCACAAAAGAUAUUCGACACUCGUCUUAUCACCUCCUUCAGAUAUUUGUGUUACUUCUUCUUCCACUCGUUCGUUCGAAUAUUCAAAAUCAAAUUGUUCGAUCCGGAAGUUUUGAAUUUCUUGAGGACUGUUUUUUGGGAAUGCAUAAGGAUAAGAGAAGAAGAUAAAAUAGAAGGAAAUGAUCUCAUGGACAUUAUUGUCGAGCUGAGGAAGAAUAAGGAAUUUUGUGAGCGCACGAAGUUUGAGGGGGAUGCAGUGAUAGCACAAGCUCUCAUAUUCUUUGUGGCAGGAUUUGAAACAACAGCAUCAACCAUUGCUUUCACACUUUAUUCGCUAUGUCUGAAUCCAGAUAUUCAAAGAAAACUCAGGAAGGAUAUAAAAGAUACAAUUGAGAAACAUGAUGGAAAACUCACCAUAGAAUCAGUUGGGGAAAUGAGCUACCUGGAUAUGGUAAUGAAAGAAACCAUGAGGAAGUAUUCACCAGUUCCCAUAAUAGACAGGGUUUGCACCAGAGACUACAAAAUACCUUCAACUGAUGUUAUCAUAGAAAAGGGAGUAGUAAUAUUAUUACCAGUGAGUGGCAUACAAAAUGAUCCGCGGAAUUUCAAAGAACCAGAAGAAUACAUACCAGAGAGAUUCGAGUCUUAUAAGGAAGACAUAUCAUAUUUAUCUUUUGGUCAUGGGCCCAGAGCAUGUAUAGGUCGCCGUUUUGGUCUUCUGGCCACUAAGUUAGCGAUUAUAAGAGUUUUGAGAGAGUUUGAGGUUCAUUCAACAGAUGAAACACCAGUUCCCCUUUUGUUCAACACCAAAUCCACUAUCCCACAACCUCUUGAAAAGUUAAAGAUGAGUUUUAUUGCAACAGAUCCACUUUUUUGAAGAAAUUGAAUCAACUACCAUUUGGUAGGUGUUAAUGCAUGUUGAAAAGAUUAAUACUGUAUUUGAAUUAUGCUCAUAAUCUAAAAUAAUGUAUGUCCUCAGUCCCCAAUUUUUUUCAAUGAUAGUGAUAUAAAACAAACUGUAUAUGGAGUACUGUAGAAUUGUUCAACAAUAGUUGAGGAUAUAAUAUAAUAAGAUAAUAAAAUGAAUGUUAUUUUUUUA